UAUCUGCUGUGCUGCUGCUUCACUCUCUCUCUUUACAGAAAGUUGUCGAAGUUUUCAGACGUGUCACUGCUGGAUGUGAGGAUGGGAGCCACUUUGCUCUGUGAGCUGGGCCUAUUCUUGCUCUGUACGCUCCUCUGCACCGGACACACUCAAGGUGAUCAAGAUGCUGUGCUAACUAUUGAACCCAGCUGGUCCAGUUUUUUCAUUGAAGAGUUUGUUACCUUCAAAUGUGACAUGAAUGAAGGAGAAGACACUGACUGGGAAUACAAAAUCAACAAGGAUGGUCGAGAAUUUAUCCCCUACAACACACACAAAGACUACAGUUUACCAAUUACAACUACAGAUUACAGUGGUGAAUAUCAGUGCUCUGGUCGCAGGAAGAGCUCACAUGAUACAAAGAACAGUAGUGCUGUCUCUUUAACGGUAUUAGAUAGACCCAGGGCCACACUGACACUAGGAACAACAAUCAUACCAGUAGGGGGCAGUGUGACACUGAACUGCUCUGUGGACAGCUAUGCUAAAUGGAAAUAUGAGUGGUUCAGACGAACCCAAAGAACCUCUGAAGUUCAAAUCAGAGAUCAAAAAAACAGAGAUAUCAGAGUAUCUCAAGGAGGAAUCUACCGCUGCAGAGGAACAAGAGGAAACCCAGUUUACAACACUGAUAUAAGUGAUGAUGUCACCAUUGAGAAAACUCAGUUUCUGAGUCCAGCAGUGGAGACUACAUGUGUAAGAGUCGACGCAGAGAUGACUCAUAUUCUUCAACAGAGUGGAGUGAAGCCUUCACAUUGUCAGUAUCAAAAAAAUAUCUUUCUAACAGAUAAACCCCGUCCUGUCCUCACUGUGUCUCCAUCAUGGCUGAGUCCUGGAGCCUCAGUAACUCUGAACUGUGAGGUUGAACAUCCGUCUGCAGGAUGGAGCUUCUACUGGUAUAAAGCUGUUCCUGAUCUAUCAGAGAAAUCCUCCAGUUAUGAGCUGCUACCUGAUGGCAGUGGGACUGCACAGGACUCCUACAUCAUUCAUGGACAGACACACACAGCAGGAUAUGUGUGCAGAGCUGGAAGAGGAGACCCAGAGUAUCACACUGAUCACAGUCAACCAAAGUUUGUCUGGGUGAUCGUUGUGUCUAUGAGACAAUCAGAGGCUCUGGAAAUACUGAAAACGGUUGAGGUCUCAGAUGGUUUUGGAGCCUAUCUCAGCUGUUUUAGGAUGAGAGAUGCUGUGCUAACUAUUGAACCAAACUGGUCCAGUUUUUUCAUUGGAGAGUCUGUUACCUUCAAAUGUGACAUGAAUGAAGGAGAAGACACUGACUGGCAUUACCAAAUCAACAAGGAUGUUUUGAUGCUACGAAACCGUCUGCCAGAUGGAAGGAGGGACAACAGUGCCUAUGAGGGGUGGAAAGUGUCCUUCACUAUGCUGUUCGCAUGUCAGAUGAUGUGUCUGUCAUAG